CAUCUCAGUUCCCUAUCUCCUGAGCCAGUAUGUCAUUCUCAUUACUUUUUAAAGCAAACCACCCUAUGUAGCUAUGCUUAUUUCAUGCAGGAAGUAGCAUGGUGAAGUGAAAAUAGGGAGGUUCAACAGAACUGGGCUUAAAUCCUAGCUCUUAAUAGCUAAGUGAUCUUAGGAAAUUUAUUUAAUUUCUAGGAGUGUCAAAUUUCCUUGUAAUAAAGGGUUGUUAUAAAGUUUGACAUGAUUUCUAUAGUUCCUGACAGAUAGUGGGAAUUUCUAAGAAUGAUAGCUGCUGCUACUACUUGUCAGCUUCUUUAGUCAUAACCAUCCUUUAAGUCACAGUUGUCCAACAGAACUUUCUGUGAUGAUUGAAAAUGUUUUAUAUUUAUAUUGUCCAAUAUAGUAGCCAUUAGCCACAUGUUGCUAUUGAGCAAUUAAAAUGUGACUGGUAUGACUGAGGGUUUUAAUUUUUAACUUAAUUUAAAUUGCUGUAUGUGGUGUUACCUAUUGGACAGUGCAGUUUUUUUUUGAGAUGUAAUUGUCAUAAAACAUGCUAGUUUCAGGUAUACAUGAUUUAAUAUUUACAUAUGUUGUAAAAUGAUUACAGUAAGUCUUUGAGAUUUUCACACCUAGGUAUAAUUUUUUUUCUUGUGGGGAGAAGUUUUAAAGUCUAAUCUCAGCAUCUUUCAGAUAUACAAUAUAGUAUUUUGAGUGCAGUUUUAAGGCUCAUUCAAAAUCUACUUCUUCAUGAAACCUUCCUUGAACAAUGAUUCUUCUUAACAUUACUCUAUCACCUCUUUGGUACUUACCAUGAACAUUAAUUCUCAUGAGUCUUGUCUUUCCAGCUAGAUUGUAUCUGAGGUCAUGAAUUUUUAAAUCUCCACAUUGCUGCAUGAAAAGGAACAUGAUAAAAAUAUAAUUGGAGUAUGUUUUAAGUAGUAACUUUGAAAUGAUCAUUAAGUGUAAUACAAAAACCUUGCUAGUUGGUAAUUAGGUGAAGAAUAAGGAAUAGUGUGAAGGUUGCCUGUAGUGAGGAACUUAGUGUCCUGAAAGUUCAGAUUGCACUUGAACUCUGGAGGAGAAAUUUAAAGCCUCUUUCUUGCAUUGCCAUCUUGUGGCCAACGUGGGCCCCAAAUGACGCUAAUCCAAUUUUUUGCUGUGUCAGGGUAAAGUGUUAUUUAGUUUACUAUGGUAAAAAGUUUGCCAGGAGUAGAAGUUAAAUACAGUCAGCAGUGGCUCAGAUGAAACUGAAACACGCUUUGAGAAAAACGCUAUUUUGGUUUACCUUCUCAUUUAUUUGAAUCUUAUGCAACUUUGGCUCCUUCCUUUUCUGCCUCUUCCUCCUUCUCGUCCUCUCCCUCCUCUCUCCUCCUCCUUGUCUUCUUAAUGAUUUUUGUGAAUUUAAUGACUGGUUACAAUUGUUUCUGUAGUCACACACUCUGUGGACUUGGAGAGGCUGGCAUUAACCCAUGCCAUGUAUACCCCAUCUCCCUGAAUUUGUUUACAUGGCUGCCAAGCCCUGUUUGCAGCCAGCCCAUGGCUCCUACCUUUGGCAUACCUGUUCUCUUACUGUGAGACUGUUGACUUACAACUUUCAGAGGUGGGUUAGACUAACUCUAAAGUUAAACCCAAAUUUCUAAAUUUAUACAGAAAGCUGAGUAUCUUGCCAAUGGGUUUCAGCCCUGGGCAAGUUCACCAUGGAUUCAGUGAGACCGAGGAAUGACAAUGAAACAUUCUUCGGGUGAAAGGGUUUAUAUCCAACUUUAUUCCCCACGGUGGUAGGUCGAUCACAAGAAUCCCUAGUCUGCAUGCAGCAAGCCGGUCUCUGCCUCUGGGCCUCUCUGCCCCUGCAGCCGUCUCAGUCUCUGUCCUUAGUGCUGCCACCACUCCAGUCUCUGCUCUUCUGCAGCCCUAUAGCCCUGUGGCCAUGCCACUCUGUCGUCCAGAGCACUGGGUGUAGCUUGUCACACAGAGUCAGUAGCAACAUAUUACCCACAUGUGUCUAGUGAGCAAGCCGACCAGGGCCACAUGAGAAUCCUGGCUACAGGAACCUUCACUUUAUCCAGAAGUCCUGCCCUAAUCUUUAUCCAGCAGUCCUGCCCUAAUCUGAUACAGAGUUUGGGCAUUUGAUGACAUUCCCCAAACAGAUGGGUCAAUUUAUAUUACUGAAUGGAGAUUCAAAUAAAGAAUGAACAAUUUUCCUUCAGAGAUAAUGCUAGGUAGUUGACAGAUACUAUACUUCAACUUGAUUCCUAGGGAGAAGCUGAUUCAUCUGGAACCAGAGAAAUGAAAUUUCAGGAGACUGAAACUAGACAUGCAUCUCACUUUCCCAGCCUGGAACUCUGGGCUGCUGUAAGUCCUGGAUGUACGGUAGAUGAUGACAGCAUUUUUAUUUUAAGGAUUCUCUUCAACGUCUGUAGACCUUACCAUCUAUUAUGUCUUUGUGUGAAGACAUGCUGCUUUGUAAUUAUCGAAAGUGUCGCAUCAAACUCUCGGGUUAUGCGUGGGUCACUGCCUGCUCUCACAUCUUCUGUGAUCAGCAUGGCAGCGGUGAGUUUAGUCGCUCACCAGCUGUCUGCCCUGCCUGCAACAGUACCCUUUCUGGAAAGCUAGAUAUUGUCCGCACAGAGCUCAGUCCAUCAGAGGAAUAUAAAGCCAUGGUGUUGGCAGGACUUCGACCAGAGAUUGUAUUGGACAUCAGCUCCCGAGCACUUGCCUUCUGGACAUACCAGGUACAUCAAGAGCGUCUUUAUCAAGAAUACAAUUUCACCAAGGCUGAGGGCCAUCUGAAACAGAUGGAGAAGAUAUAUACUCAGCAAAUACAGAGCAAAGAUGUAGAAUUGACCGCUAUGAAAGGGGAGGUCACCUCCAUGAAGAAAGUGCUAGAAGAGUACAAGAAAAAGUUCAGUGACAUCUCUGAGAAACUUAUGGAGCGAAAUCGUCAGUAUCAAAAGCUCCAAGGUCUUUAUGAUAGCCUUAGGCUACGAAACAUCACUAUUGCUAACCAAGAAGGUACCCUUGAGCCAUCCAUGACUGCACAAUCUGGUGUUUUUGGCGUCUCUUUAGGGAACAACUCCAAGUUUCCUUUGGACAGUACUCCAGUUCAAAAUCGGGGUGGUGGAGAUGGAGAUUUUCAGUUCAGACCAUUUUUUAUGGGUUCUCCCACAGCACCUGAACCCAGUAACAGCUUUUUCUGUUUUGCCUCUCCAAGUCGUGAAUUAGAGCAACAGCAAGUCUCUAGCAGGGCCUUCAAAGUAAAAAGAAUUUAGCUUACUUCUAUAGAGUGUUUCUCUGUUCACUUUCAGUGAUAUGAUUUGAGUCACCAACCUCCUUGUGCUAUUGUCUUUUAAGUUGUCUUCACAUUUUCAACUUACAAAAACCUCAGGAGCUGUGUGGCUUUAGAGUCUGAUUUCUUUUUUUGUUUCCAUUAUUUAAGGCACAAGCAUUUUAUUAAACUCAAUUUCAUUGUGAACUGUUGAGUUUUCACCAGUAGUGAAAGGAUUACAUUAUUACUGCAUGUUUUCUGGAUCACCAUUUGCUUCUGCCUGUCCUUUUUGGAUUGAGCUGUGUGUUUAUGCAUAAGCGUAUAAGUACCUUUGUUGUACGUUUACAUGUCACUAGGUUUUGGUAUUUAUGCCUAUAUGUAUAUAUGUGUUCCCUUACAUUGAUAUUUUGCUGUAUCUGUAUAUUUAUAUGAAGAUUUUGGUCUCAGGAAAUGGCAGAUGAGUCUGUACCUUGUUAUGUAGGUGUAUACAUUUAUUUGUGUAUAUUUAUGUAUUUGCCCUUUUAUUAACUUGUUUGGAGUUGUGCUCAUGUUAGUGAAUGAGUUCAAUUUGAUGCAAGUAACAGUCAUUAUUUAACAGUAAUUCACAUUGAUAAAGUAAUUUUGUAAAGUUGAUUAUUUGGCAUUAUUUUAAAAUUAACUCAUUUAUUUGCAGUUGUCUUCAGUGUAUUAAUUUAGAAAUGUGCUUCUGCAGAAAACUUAAAAUAUGUUACUGAUCCUAAGAGACUAUGUUAAUUAAAAAACU